UAACAACCAAACUAUCCUCAGUGGUUCCUGCUAUUUGUUCAUUUCAAGUGUCAUUUUGGUCACUUCAAAAUGCAGAUUUUGCUUUCCAGUUUCUUCCAUUUUUAUGAACAGCAGAAAACAAGAAAUGAUGAAGAUGUUGUGUUGAGCAUGCUGACUGUUAGUUAGGCACUCUUUUCCCAGGCUUUAGCUGUAUAAAUCAGAACGUAGAUUACUCUACAAAUCAGUGGCAGCCCAGUUUCUGAUAAAUGGAAUCCCAGAAACCACAACUGACCCUUUUCAUAUUUUUGCUCCUAGCUCCACUGGCAUGCCUCUCUUCCGGCCUCCCUGGUGAGAACUCCACGGUGAGCAACGACCUUCACGAGGGUCUUACAGAGGAAGGCAUCACUGAAGUCUUUAAACUAUGGAAAGAGAAGCACCAGAAGGUGUACAAGCACGCAGAGGAGGCAGAAAGGAGGAUCGGAAACUUCAAAAGGAACUUGAAAUAUAUAAUUGAGAAGAACGGGAAGAGAAAAUCAGGUUUGGAGCAUAAGGUGGGACUGAAUAAGUUUGCUGAUUUGAGCAACGAGGAGUUCAGGGAAAUGUAUUUGUCAAAGGUGAAAAAACCCAUCCCCAUUGAAGAGAAGAGGAAGCACAGACACUUGCAAACGUGCGAUGCUCCUUCUAGCUUGGAUUGGAGGAACAAGGGGGUUGUCACUGCUGUUAAGGACCAAGGCGACUGUGGAAGUUGUUGGUCAUUCUCUACAACCGGGGCCAUAGAAGCAAUAAACGCCAUUGUCACUGGAGACCUAAUUAGCCUUUCAGAACAGGAACUUGUGGAUUGUGAUACAACCAAUAAUUAUGGGUGUGAAGGAGGCGACAUGGACUACGCGUUCCAAUGGGUUAUAGGCAAUGGUGGGAUUGAUACAGAAGCUGAUUAUCCUUAUACGGGUGUUGAUGGCACCUGCAACACAGCAAAGGAGGAAAAGAAAGUGGUAUCCAUUGAAGGGUAUGUAGAUGUAGAUCCAUCAGAUAGUGCCCUCCUUUGUGCUACUGUGCAACAACCCAUCAGUGUUGGUAUGGAUGGUUCUGCGCUAGAUUUCCAGCUAUAUACUGGUGGAAUCUAUGACGGUGACUGCUCUGGUGAUCCGAACGACAUUGAUCAUGCUAUUCUGAUAGUCGGUUAUGGUUCAGAAAAUGACGAAGAUUAUUGGAUAGUGAAGAAUUCAUGGGGCACGGAGUGGGGAAUGGAAGGUUAUUUUUAUAUAAGAAGAAACACUAGUAAACCUUAUGGUGUUUGUGCAAUCAACGCCGACGCCUCUUAUCCGACAAAAGUGCCUUCGCCACCGUCACCACCCUCCCCGCCGCCACCACCAUCGCCACCACCACCACCACCAGCGCCACCUCCUCCCUGCCCUCAACCAAGUGACUGUGGAGACUCCUCCUUCUGUCCGAGUGAUGAGACAUGUUGUUGCAUUCUUAAGCUUUUUAGUUCCUGCAUAAUCUAUGGUUGCUGCCCAUAUGAGAAUGCUGUUUGCUGCGCUGAAUCUACUUACUGCUGCCCUAGUGAUUACCCGAUUUGUGAUGUCGAUGAUGGGCUCUGCCUCAGGGGCCAGGGAGAUCACCUUGGAGUGGCUGCGCGCCGGCGACACAUGGCUAACUACAAGUUUCCAUGGACCAAGUUUGAGGAGAAAAAGGAAACGAACCAACCUGUUCUUCAAUGGAAGAGGAGCCUUCGCUGCAAUGCGCUGAAUUACAUGGAAUAGAAUUCGUAAUCCUUCAGCCAAAUCAAUGUUGUCAUUACUCGUAAUUAGCACUUGUUUUUCUUCCGAGUAGGCAUUUGGCCAUCCAAGCUUUGCCUAUAUAAAGCAGAACGAAUAACACAAGGGAAAUUGAGAUUGGAGUUUCUUUGAAUCUUUAUAGAGACGACAAUUUUUAUUUUUCCUUGCAGACUUUCCGUUGUUUAUCGUGGCUUGUAAUUUUAUUUUCAAGCCAUGUUCAGUAUUGUUAUGUUAGUCCUUUUAAUUUA